GCGCAUGCGCACUGCGAGCAAAUUUCACUACAGACUUCCUGGUUAUUUAUACAAACCAUUGCGUAUGAUUAUUAAAGUUUAUCUAGGGCUUUUAUCACGAUCAUGUCUCGCGCGCUCAACAUUCUGCCUGUUUCCAUGUGCUGAAUAAAAACAGUAGCACGCUGUAAAAUUAGACGCCGUUUGUUCUACUCAGCGAUUGUGACAUGAACAUCAGGGAUAAGGAGCUCAAGAUCAGCUUUACCCCAGGUCACGUAGAGCUCGUGCAGGAGGAAGUCUACAGUUCAACCCAACGUGUACUGGUGACAGGAGCUACUGGUCUUCUUGGACGUGCCGUCUACAAGGAGUUCCACAAAAAUGACUGGGACACGCUGGGGUGUGGAUACACACGCGCUCGGCCUCGCUUCCUCAGCUGCAACCUCCUGGAUGAGGAGGAUGUGCGGGAAGUUAUUCAAAGCUUCCAGCCCCAUGUGAUCAUACACUGUGCUGCUGAGAGAAGGCCGGAUGUGGUGGAGCAUCACACAGAAGCAGCCUUGGACCUUAAUGUCCAUGCAUGUGCAACACUGGCAAAAGAAGCAGCUGGCGUCUUUCUGAUCUACAUUAGCACUGAUUACGUGUUUGAUGGGCGCAAUCCCCCAUAUGGAGAAAACGAUACCCCCAACCCAUUAAACACGUAUGGGAAAUCGAAGCUUUGGGGGGAAGGCGAGAUACUUCGACACUGUCCAGGUGCUGCAAUACUCAGGGUGCCCAUUCUGUAUGGAGAGAUAGAGAAGGUGGAGGAGAGCGCCGUCACUGUGCUGUGGGAUCGCAUUCAGGAAGGAGCUGAGAGCACAACUGUAGACCACUGCCAGCAGCGCUUCCCCACAUACACCAGCGACGUGGCACGUGUCUGCAGGAACAUGGCUGAGCGAGGGCUUCAGGACCCGUCUUUGCGAGGGAUCUUCCAUUAUUCUGGAAAAGAACAGAUGACUAAAUAUGAGAUGGCCUGUGCUAUCGCAGAGGCCUUUAACCUGCCCAGGAGUCACCUGAUACCGUUGACGGAGCAGCCCGCUGGAGCCGGAGCUCAGAGGCCGCAGAACGCUCAGUUGGAAUGUUCUCGUCUGGAGCUGCUUGGGCUGAGCGUGCAGCCGACUCCGUUUAAAACGGCGAUUAGAAACUGUCUCUGGCCAUUCCUCCAUGAUAAACGCUGGAGACAGACAGUCUUUCACUGAGCGACAAAGCAUACAUUCCUGACAUGGUCAGAAAAUAGCGCCAAUCUGUUUACAAGUGAAACAGCUUAAGUUUAUACAAGUUAUAUUAACAAAUACACACGGCAAAUCAUGUAUUAUUUUGGUCUUCUUUUCAUAUUGCACUGUGCGUAAGAAUAUUGUUGCAGAUAAUUUGUUUAUUCAUAUAUUCAACAGCUUGAGUUAGUCUGUAUUGCAUAACUCUUUAAACAUAUUUGCUAUUUUUACAUUUUUGUUUGACAAAUUCCCCAAAAAUGUGAAAAAUAAAAUAAAAUAAAUAAAUAUGGGGAAACAUUUAGGUUUAAAUAUCUGAUCUCUUAUUUAUAGAUUGAAAAAAUGCAGAUGAAUGCUUUAAAAUUCAGCCAUUGCACUGAAA